AUGAAGGAUGGCGGCCGCUUCAGCGGUCGCUGCUCCUUCUGGGGGGCUUCGUGGAGGGAUGGUAAAUGCACGUGUCAAAAUGAGUUUUUGACAGAACCGUGCCUGCUUCCUGAACCGCCAUCUUCUUUUUCUCCAACUGAAUUACUGGAAUUUGAUCCAAAUGGCCAGCUCUGGGCUGUGAACUGCAAAUGUGGAAGGAGCUGGUCCAAGUACAGUGAAGAGCCUUUGUCCGAAGACGGAGAUUUGCUUCGCAUUGCAGCCGUUGACUUUUGCGCUGCUUUGCUCAAGAACUUUGACGAGAUGUAUCACCUAAAAGGGGGCGCGGCUGUGCCCCAGGCCAGGGAAAGGGUGAGCUCCAGCAAAUGUGUGAAAUCCUUGGAGGACGUGGAAAAAGCAAAGAUUGCGAAGGGCAACGGCAGCAUGAACGUCUGGCAGACGGCUUUGAGGCACGUCUGCCAUGAAGAGUGCGAGGAGAUUGUGCAUGAGAUGAAGUGGCAAACUGGGCGGAUUCUUCUGUUCUCGGCUGGAGACGCUCGCUCAGCCUCCUACAGCGAGGCUUGCAGCAUCUUUGUGGUACGAAAGGUUGAGUCCCACAUCCUAGGCUGCUGUGGAGACAGCUGUGGCUGGGAUGGGGCGAAGUGUGCAGACUUCCAGUUCAUGCCCGCGAAGGAUCAGGCGGAUUGGAAGGCGGAGUGCUGCCUGGAGAAGAACAUCAUCCGAGGCUCUGCUCGCGAGCACAUGUGCCAAAGUGUCUUGUCAAGCCAGGCAGCGAAGGACUAUCAAAAAAGAGAUUUGAGCGCCAACGAUGAAGGCCUCGGUUCCUUCGUGGGUGAAGAUGAAGAACUUGUGUGGACAGCGAAGGCCAAAGAGUCACACCUUGGACAGGUGGGCUGGGCAGUUGAAGGCAAUGUGGUGAACGAUGGCUUUCUGCGUGUGCAGCCGUUGUCCAUAGAAGAAGGCAUCGACAUGGGUCUGUGGAAGAUUCGGAAGAAGUUGGACAACUCGCUCCUGCAGGUUGAGGGCUCUAGACNNGUGGCACCGAGGACAGCUGCAAAAUGGAAGGAUUGA